GCAAAAAUAGAUACGUCAAAGUGUAAAAUUGGAGCCUGUUCAAAAAGGAGGUACCUUAAGGUGCUGUGAGAGCACAAAAGAAAGUCUCUCUCUGCUCACUUCUUCCAUUUAAUUGCUGAACCACAUAGACAUCAACCCACAGUAGCACAUACCGCUGUAUCUGCUUGAGUAAAUAUGAAGCGUCAUAGCAAGAAGAAGAAUUCCAUUACAAGAAAGAGUGAUGGAAAUAUCCUUCCUUAUCUGCAGCUCAGAGAUGAGGCAAGCUCAAGUGCCAAAAGAGUGAGAUCUACAAGUGCACCCACUCUUAUGAAAGAAACUAGAAAUCAUCCUACAAGAAACACUCUUCCUAGCAGUGAGAAAUCAACGGAAGAAGAACGAGAAUUCACUGUGAAUUUAGGUGAUGAUGGGAAGGACCAUGUGGUGAAAGGUAGUCUCCACAACAGUGUGCUUUCUGCCCUCAAGGCAACAAAAGCUAUUUGCACCCAUAUGGAGAAAAGCAAGACCAAAGAGAUCUACUUAAUAGGGAAGAAAGGGAUUAAUGGUUGCAUUAAUCUGGGGAUGCCUCUGAAGUAUAUGCCGGAUGGCUCCCAUUUUGUAAUGAAAUGUUAUAGGGGUCAGCAACUUGGGGACUCUCCUGGGUUAUGUUAUCGCCAGCAUGAAAACGGGGAGGAGGAAUGUAUUUUGUUCUACAUUGACCCCAAGCCGGCACAAAGCAGUAAGUUGAUUAGAUGCAGUCAACUUCUUAAGGAAUACUGCACGCUGUGUGUCUUUGCACCGAAAGGAGAAACCAUAAAAGAUGCCCUGUGCAGUGAUGGUCGUUUCAAGCCUGAGCUAACGGAAAAAGACUGGAGACUGAUGGAGGAUAACAAGGCCAUAGCUAACACUCAUUCAGUUAACAAUUUAUCUAACAAGAUCUUUUAUGUGGAAAUGACGAAAUGUGCUAAAUCUGGUGACGGUCCAAAUAGCCAACAGAUUCCCCAGGUGCCUCAUGGGAGGCAGCUCCAAACCCGUCAUUAUUUUAAAAGUGAUCUCCUAAGCUUGUAUCCUGCCUUAAUGGAUCAAAAGGAGAUCAUGGAUAGCUUCUUUGCAAAAACCAAGAAGGCACAGAAGCGUAAAAAGGAGGUCCUCAGGGUGUGCAGAGCAAACUAUGGCAAGGAGAUAAGCAAUGCCAUAACGGUUAAGAUGUUAAAGAUCCAGGCAAAUCUCAGUCAGUCAGUUGGGUACAUUGAGUGGGGCAUUUCCGGAAAGGAGGGUUGUGCUACUUGCUUUGUGUUGUGUAAUAGGUACAUACUAACUUGCCACCAUGUGGUAAGAGAGAUCGUUGGAAAAGGGAUUGAAGAAAAGCAGUGGGCAUCGAAAAUCAGCAAGGCAGCCCGUGUGACUUUCUCCUAUGAAGGCAACCACCCUAAAGACAAAGACUGGUUUUCACUUGAGGAGUGGUUUGAAAUAUCGAAUGUAGAGCUUGAUUUUGCCAUCCUGAAACUGAAGGAAAAUGGAAACAAUGGUCCACCUCCUACAGGCUUGGUAAAGUUAUGUUCCCCUCCACCAUUUGAUGGUCUUACUUACAUCAUUGGUCACCCAGAUGGAGAAACAAAGUGUCUGGAUGGCUGUUCUGUUGUCGCUGUGGAUGAGCGUCAGAAGGAAUGUGCUCAUCGUUUACAGCAGCGUAAGAAGGCAGAAUGCAGCAACGCCAACUGUGGUGACAGUCCCAAUAACUGUAUCCAUAUGCUCCAUCCAGGGAUUUUCUCAGAUGUUUCCAACAGCUCUGAUGUACUCACCUAUGAUACAUCUUUUUUCUGGGGGUCUUCAGGUUCACCUGUGUUUGAUAGACAUGGCCGUCUUGUUGCAAUGCACACUGCUGGCUACAUUUAUGGAAACAACUCCAAGCAGCGCAGCAUAAUUGAAUUUGGCAUCUUGAUGACAUCAAUCCUCUCAGUAAUUGAAAAGAAGGAUAAAGGUUGGUAUGACAAGGAAAUUGGCCCUUUCAGACAGGCUUCUCAUGAUACAGAAGAGGCUGCCUUGGGUGUUGAACCUAUGGAUGUGGAAAUCAAUCCUAUAGAUGUGGAAAUGGAACCACUGGAUUAAAAGAACUACGUUCUAAGAUGACCCAUCAGUCUGAAAUUUGGAGGACAUAUUAAAUGAUUAAAUUACAUUUUGCAUUUUUAAACAUAGUUAUUCUUCAUUACAUACAACACUUUUAAAAACAUGUAUCAUAUAUCAUUUCAAAGCAGUUCCACCCACCCAAACCUGGACAUCCAGUUCAGAAGGAUAACAUGGUUGAUGGUAUUGAAAGCGUCUGAGAGAUAAAAGAGAAUGAACAGAAAGUCAGUUUCUUCCAAGAGCACCUGGAUCUGGGGUCCCUAACCCAAUCCAGAACCUCAGCCAAGAAGGGGAGAUUGGUAACUGGCUGAUAUUUACUUAGACUUUCUGAAUUCAGGGAGGGUUUCUUAAGGAAUGGCCUUGCUGCUGCCUGCUUCAAGGAGGCAUUAACCACCUCCCUGACCAGCUUUCUCUUCCCUGCUAGUUUUUAUCAGCCAAGAGGGGCAAGUGCUGCAGAUCCAAGCACCUUGUACACAUCCUCAAGCCUUACCAACUGA